AUGCGGCUCGACGUUAAGAGGCAGCUCUUUGCCCGCUCGGAGCGGGUGAAAGGCAUUGAUUUCCACCCCACGGAGCCAUGGAUUUUGACGACUCUCUACAGCGGUCAUGUCUAUAUUUGGUCGUACGAGACGCAGUCCAUCAUCAAAACAUUCGAGCUUACCGAUGUUCCUGUUCGUGCCGGUCGAUUCAUUGCGCGCAAGAACUGGAUUGUUUGCGGCUCUGACGACUUCCAACUCCGUGUCUACAACUACAAUACCUCCGAGAAGAUCACCUCCUUCGAAGCUCACCCUGAUUAUAUUCGCUCGAUCUCCGUCCACCCAACACUACCCAUCGUCUUGACUGCGUCAGAUGAUAUGACAAUUCGCGCCUGGGAUUGGGAGAAGGGUUGGAAGUGUAUUCAGGUCUUUGAGGGCCACAGCCACUAUGUUAUGGGGAUGUCCAUCAACCCGAAGGACACCAAUACGUUCGCCUCCGCCUCCCACGAGACCAAGGGUGUCAACCACGUCGAUUAUUACCCCGGUUCCGACAAGCCAUACCUUCUCACAACAUCGGACGACAAGACAGUGAAGAUUUGGGAUUACACAACUAAGGCGCUCAUUGCUACCCUGGAGGGCCACACCAGCAAUGUUUCCUUUGCUUGCUACCAUCCCCAACUGCCUGUCAUUGUUUCAGGCUCUGAAGAUGGAACUGUCAAGAUUUGGCACGCCAACACCUAUCGCCUCGAGCAGUCGCUAAGCUAUGGACUGGAGCGAGCGUGGUGUGUGAGCACACAAAAGAGUGGAAACGCGUUGGCCAUGGGUUUCGAUGACGGUGCGGUUGUCGUUAAGAUGGGUCGGGAAGAGCCUGCUGUUUCUAUGGAUGGCUCAGGUAAGCUGAUCUGGGCCCGACAGAACGAGGUUGUUUCUGCUGUGAUCAAGGGUGGCGAUUUAAGCAUAAAGGACGGCGAACCUCUGUCACUGCCUACGAAAGACCUGGGCUCGAGCGAGAUCUACCCUCAGAUCCUCUCUCACUCUCCAAAUGGGAGGUUUGUCGCAUGCUGUGGCGACGGUGAAUGGAUUAUUUAUACUGCUCUAGCGUGGCGUAAUAAGGCAUUCGGCUCUGCUCUCGACUUCGCGUGGGGAUCCAAAGACAACAGCAACGAUUUCGCUGUUCGUGAAUCCACGACUAGUGUCAAGAUCUUCAAGAACUUCAAGGAGCAAAGCGGUGGCCUCGAUGUCGGCUUCCAGGCCGAGGGCCUCGCAAGCGGUGUUUUGCUCGGUGUCAAGGGACAGGGUGGUAUCGGUCUCUUCGACUGGGAGAGCGGCAACUUGGUCCGCAGAAUCGAAGUUGACCCCAUUAAUGUCUACUGGUCCGAGAACGGUGAUCUUGUCGUCCUUGCUUGCGAAGACUCUUUCUUUGUCCUUCGCUACUCACGAGAGGAGUACAUCAAUGGCAUGAACAAUGGCGAGGCUGAUGAGGAUGGUGUUGAGGCUGCUAUUGAGCACGUUGCUACCAUUAACGAGACUGUCCGCACCGGAGAAUGGGUUGGCGAUUCUUUCAUCUACACCAACUCUACGAACCGCCUUAACUAUCUGGUUGGUGACCAAACAUACACCAUCUCGCACUUCGACCAGCCUAUGUACCUGCUUGGAUACCUCGCCAGAGAUUCUAAGCUAUACCUGGCCGAUAAGGAUGUCAAUGUUGUUUCUUUCAGCUUGUCUCUCAGCAUGGUCGAGUACCAGACUCUCGUCCUUCGUAACGAGAUGGAUGCUGCGGCCGAUAUCUUGAGUGAUAUCCCUCAAGAUCAGAUGAACAAGGUUGCGCGAUUCCUUGAAGGUCAAGGCUACAAGGAGAUGGCUCUUGAGGUUGCAACUGAUCCAGAACACCGUUUCGACCUGGCUUUGGCUCUCAACGACCUCCAGACUGCUCUCGAGAUCGCUCGCCAGACCAACACCGACCACAGAUACAAGCUGGUUGGUGAUGCCGCCCUUGCCGCUUGGAACCUCUCCCUAGCCCAAGAAUGCUUCACCCACGCCAAGGACGUUGGCUCCCUCCUGCUACUGCACACAGCUAGCAACAACCGUCCCGAGCUUCGGAAGCUGGCCACCCAGGCUUCCGAGUCAGGUCUUCACAACGUUGCCUUCUCAACCCUCUGGUCUCUGGGUGAUGUCGAUGGCUGCAUCGAACUCCUUGUCCAGACUAACCGCAUCGGCGAGGCAGUUCUCUUCGCUCAGACUUACAAGCCUAGCCGCGCCGCUACUCUCGUAGUCCAAUGGAAGGAGUCUCUUGAAUCAUCGAAUAAGACUAAGACUGCCCGUCUUAUCGGUGUUCCUCCCGGUGCUCCGGAUGUCUCGACCGAUGAUGACCUCUUCCCGGAGUGGGAUCAAUACAUCCGCCUCGAGAAAGAGGGUAUCGCCCCAGAGCCUGUUUCCGAGUCACUCAUUGACAUCAAUGGUGACGAGGAAACAGAGCCCGUGGCCGCAACCAACGGCACCCCGGAGGCCGAAGUUGAAGCUGAAGCCGAAGCCGAAGUUGAGGCCGAGGCUGAGGAGGAGAAGUCAGAGUAA